AUGGCUGCCCGUGACUUGAAAGAUGUGUUUAUUGAGUGUCAAGAUUCACAGAAUCACCAUCAGUUGAUAAAGGCUUUUCACAAGAUAUACGAUCAAAUGCCUUUUGAAGAAUUUUGGACGCAAUUUUUGAAACUAAUCAAGCAUCCAUUUGUGGUUUAUGCAAGGGAACCAGCAGUAGAGAAGACAGUCGAGUUUAUUGCUAAAGCUGUGACCGAUCUCACUUUAGUACACUCAAAGCAAUUGAAACUUUCCAAGCAGAAAAAGAAGGAUGUCAUAGAUGAGGAUGAAGAAGAUGAAGACAUGCAUCCAUUGCUAAUGAGAUUAUUUUCAUUUUUACUUGAUGUGCACAGUGCAAAGGAGCGAGCUGUCCGAUUUCGUGUGUGUCAGCUUGUCACACAACUUCUACAUAAUCUUGGUGAAGGAGCACAGAUAGAUGAUGCACUUUACUAUCGCCUCUACCAGUGCAUGGUGGAGCGACUCCGAGACAAAUGUCCACUUGUGAGGGUCCAUGCUGUGUUGGCACUGACCAGGCUGCAAGAUCCAGCAGAUGAGAACUGUCCUAUCACAAAAGCUUAUAUCAUUCUGAUGACAAGAGAUCCUAAUGCAGAAGUGAGGCGCAUUGUUCUGACCUGCAUUGCUCCUUCCACAUUCUCGUUGUCUGCAAUCCUUGAGCGUAUACAUGAUGUGAAGGAUACAGUACGAAGAACUGCAUUUACUGUCAUUGCAGAAAAGAUUCCACUGAAAGCACUUAACUUUGAGCAACGAAUUCAGCUUCUGCAGGAUGGUCUUAGUGAUAGAUCAGAAGCUGUGCAGAUUGCCUGUUCCAGUAAGUUGCUUCAAGCCUGGUUGUCCGCUUGUGAAGGCAAUGUGCUGGAACUUCUCUCCAGAUUGGAUGUAGAAAGCUCUGUUAAGAUAUGUGAAAAGGCAUUGUGUAUUCUUUUCAAGAAUUCUGGAAUACUGAACUUGGUGCAGAAGUUUGAUAUGAUCAAUGAAAGAGCUCUGAUAGACGAGGCUAAUCUUACCUGUGAAAGUGCAUUUUACUGGCGCAACCUUGUUCAGUUUAUACACGGAGAAGGUCACGAUUAUGUGGAACAGUUUGAUCAAGUCUGUCCCAACUGUGUUGAAUUCUGUGCCUACAUAAAGAGUUUCACCAAGCUAAUGGCUGAUUGCUCAGACAUGGAGAGAAGGAUAGAACUUGAGUUUAUUCUUCAGCAACUUCUCCAUAUUAUUACACUGAUGGAUUUCUCAGAUGAAGCUAGCAGAAAGGCAACAGAAAAACUGCUCCAUGGUAUGUUGGUGUUGGACAGCAUUGGACCAGCCCUGGUUCCUCAUAUCUUGUCCUGCAUGAAGAAAGUCCACACUGACACAGAGGACCUUAUCAACUGUAUUGCCGAAACAAUUUCAGAUAUCAGGGAACCAAUCACCACCGUUGAAACGCAAGAAUCAUUAAAUGCAGACGCUCAAAGAAAUGUGGAUAAAAAGAUUGCCAGCAUACGAGUCAAGUUGCAUCAGUUGAGGGAGGAGCUUAGUGACUGCAUUGAGAAGCAAGAUUUUGAAAAUGCUGCACGCCUGAAAGCAGACAUUUAUCAGCUUGAUGGUGAGCGCUCUUCGCUGAUGGAGGCAUCCAAGCCUAAACUUGAGGAAGUAAGGAUUCAAAAGAAUGAUUCUGUCACUAUCUUAAAGUGUUUAACUAUAAUAUGUGAGCUGCUGAUGAAUAUCAAUGUGAAGACCUUGUCUCCCUCACUGCAAGCUCUCAUGGAAAGCCAGAUCCUGCCAGGCAUGGUGAAUGAGGAGUCUGAAGUUCGCAAUGCAGCAGUCAAAGCCAUUGGCUUAUGUUGUCUCAUCAAAAAGGACAUUAUUAUGCAUCAUUUAGCACUCUUGUUGCAGGCCGCUCAGAUGGAUACUCAGCUUGUGAAAGCAACAGCAUUGAAAUCUGUUUUUGACCUGGUCCAUGUUUUCGGCCUGGAUGCCUUUAGCGAUGAGGAUACAUCUGUAAGUAAAGAAACAAGUAUCAAUGGUGAAGUGAAGGAUCAUGAGGAACUUGACAAUACAGAAGAGCAGCAAAAUGUGACUAUGAAUUCUGCAGGUGAAGAUGCCGACACGACCAAAGAGAAUUUGAAUGAAAAUGAUAGAAAAGGCUGGACGGAAACUGCAGGCAAAGUUAUAGCUAUUCUCAGUUCUUUCUUGGACAACGAGAGUUCAGAACUGCGAAAUAUUGCUGCUGAAGGGAUGUCUAAGCUGCUUCUCUCAGGCCGUGUUGUGUCUUCCAAACUGUUGUCUCACUUGUUGCUUUUGUGGUACAAUCCUCUUGUUGAAGAUGAUGAGGCCCUAUUACAGUGCUUGGGAGUUUUUUUCCCAUUGUAUGCUUUCUCGUGCAGCUCAAAUCAACAGCAGAUUGAAGAAGCUUUUAUACCAACUCUGCGUACUUUGUUGCAUGCCCCGUCAACUUCUCCUUUAAGAGAAAUCAAUGAAGUCAAUGUGGCAACUUUCCUUAUGGAACUUACCGAUGCUCAGCAUUUGAUUGAUAAUCAAAAAUCUAAAACCCCAGUUCUGGAAAACCCUUGUCAUGAUAACAUAGCUGUCAAACUGUGCAACGAGAUAAUAUCACAUCCAGAUUCAUUCAGUACGAAACUGUGGCUCAGAGUGCUAAGUCAGUUGAGUGUUAGCCCAGAAAACGCCAGCCUGCUCAAAGAUUUAUGUGCAAUGUGUGAGGAUAUGGCCAUGGUUGUUACAGAAAAACAAUGUGUUAAGCUGCUUCAGAAGUUUAGAGACACCCUUUAUGCACAGUGGGAUGCUAUCAAAAAGGUCUCACAGAUGACUGACAAGGCAGUAAUUAAUGAUAAACAUUCCUGUGCCGUUACUGAUGGAGGGGAUGGAGGUUUUUCUCAAGCUUCAGUGGAACAGAUCAUUUCACACUCUGAAAAUGAAGCUGAUGAGAAUGUUGCAGAGUCUAAAACUUUACCCGCUUCUUCCUCUGUGGUAAAAAGAAAUGCAACUGCAGGACGAAAAGCUGUAAAAACACCUGCUGUUUCUAAACCUGUGCCUGGCAAAGGAACUAAAUAUCUGCCUGAAUCAGCAAGCAGAAUGCAUGAUACAAGUGCAUUAAACUAUGGUGUAUUUGCUACCCCGCUGAAAAGUUCCAGGAUAACUGCAAAUAUUGAAGACACCAGAGUUGACUUGGAAAAUCUAAUGUCUGAAAGCUUGUCAAAAACACCAGCAAUGCUGGGGAAGACUCCAAAAACUCCAAGGAGACCCCUUCACAAUAGUCAGGAUCCAACAUUUAAAGGCUAA